AUGGCGACGAUCGACCACUGGGGCAUCCAGAAGGCGGCUUGGCAGCUGGAGGAUGCAUUCCAAGAUAUACGCAUCGACGUCUAUCCCGACACGCCGAAAGCGCGGGAAGCACAUUUUCAGUUUGUUUGGGCCGAGGUGACCUACAAGCGAGCUUUGCUGGGGCUCGUGUUGCUCUCGAUCUUCGAGACGCCAACAUGGUGCGACAACUCGCUCGAUUUCGCAAACGAGAUCGCGGGCAGGUGUACCGUCGAGGGCAGCAUCCACUACCUCUCCGGCAUCCCCCACCUACCACCCGGCUGGGGUUUAGUUAUCGAGGUCUUUCUCAUGCUGCUCUUGUUGAGGAAGUUCCUCCUGGAAUGGCACGUGCAGGUGAAGUUCUUCGAUUGCUUGGUUCCGAAGCAGACCUACACCAACGUGUCAGAGAUCAAGUUUGGGCUGGCAAUGCUUGUACUGGAGGCAGCAGAUGUGAUCGCUUUUGCAGUUUUCCGGCCCAGAUUCCGCCUGGCCUUCCUGGCGCGAACUGGGUACCUUUGCCUCCUGCCAGCCGUCACCGAGCUGGUGCGCUGUGUUGUGGCCUGCUUGUGGGAGAUGGUCUCAGUCGCCGUCUUCUUGGCAGGGACCAUGAUGUUUUUCGCGUGGAUCGCAGUGACGGUCUUCAAGGACUUAGACCGCGGGACCGAGGGCUUCACGUCCCUCAAAGAGUCGAUGAACUCCAUGUUCAUCGCAGGAGUGUCAGACGAGUUUGUCAGCGUUUUUCUCAAGUCUUAUACCGCCUAUCGGUACGUGGGGAUUCUUUGGCUGAUCUUCCUGGUGAUUGCCCAUGUCUUGCUCCUCAGCUUGGUCCUGGACACGCUCUGUGCAGCGUACAUGUCCUACUCCGAGCAGCGAACGGAGGAAGUCGCAGACAAGCGCAUCGAGGGCAUGUGGAAGGCCUUCACCACACUGGUUGAGGCCACGGGCAACAAGGAGCAGGAGGUCUCACAGGAGUAUUUCUUCCUCUUUCUGGAGGAGAUCAGCAAGUCUCCGCGAUCUGUGGGCAUUUCUCCAAAGGAGGCCCAGAUCAUGUGGGAUGCCAUCGAUCGCGACAGAUCGGGGAGCAUCGAGCGGGAGGAGUUCAUCGGCGUAGUUGGCUUGAUCCAGUACGACUUCUGGACGACUAGGAAAGACUCCUUCGUCAAGGACUACUUCCCCAAACUAUGGAACAGCUCGAUGUAUCGGAAGUUCCGGGCCUUUGUGGAUUCAGGGGAAGACCUGGAGCUACAUGUGAUCACCCUUGAGAGGGUGAUGACUUUGAUCCUGCUAGUGAAUCUGGUCCUCGUGGUCUUAGAAAGCUACUACGACCUUAACAAGUGGGACGAGCCGCCUUGGAUGGACUCACUCGAGCUGGCAUUCUCCUUUGUGUACUUAGGCGAAGUAGCCCAGAAGCUCGCUGUGUACUCCUUCGCGGAGUACUGGUCAAGCAUCUCGAACCAGUUCGAUUUCUUCACAACGAUGCUGCUGCUUUUCACAGCGAUUGCAGAAAGGCUCUUUGCCAGUGGCAUCGCGACUUAUGCCAACAUGCUGCGGCUUCUGAGGCUGCUCCGGGUGGUCAAGAACUUGAAGAACCUAGAGUCGGUGCAGUUCAUGACCGACACAGUCUCGAAGCUGGUGAUGGCAUCGAAGGACAUGAUCACUUUGCUGGGUGUGGUGGUGUACUUCUUCUGCUGCGCGUCGGUUCAAGUCUUUGGUGGAGACCUUUACGAAAACAAUGCGCGCUUGGAGGGUACCGAGUACUUGGAGAAGCACAUGCUGGUGCUCAACUUCAACGAUGUGCCAUCUGCCUUCGGGGUCUGGUUCGUCAUGCUCCUGUGCGAGUACGAGCCGAACUUUCCUGAGGCCGUCUCCAGGACGUCCUCGAUUCCCUUCAGCUGGAUCAUGUUCCCGGUCUUCUACGUCUGUGGUGUCAGCAUCGUCUUCGAGCUGGUGAAGGCCUUCACCAUCGAAGUUUUCAUGUCUCUGAAGCAGCGGUGGAAUCAGCUGAAGCAAAAGAACGAGGGACUGCACGGCAGUGCUACUGAAGACCUCGGCUUAGACAUGGAUAGCUUCACAAAGGCUUUCGAGGAAAGGGGGGAAGUGCUGCACUACCGCGUGCAGGGACAUCCGUCGCAAAUGGCCAUGGUCAAGGAGGCUCAGGAGCGCAUGCUGCAAGGCCAUGGCCACGGCGACACCCCCACCCAGCAUGGGCACGGCCACGGCCACGAAAGCCCGAGCCACGGUCACGGCCAUAGUGGAGGCCGUGAGAAGCAGGGCCCCUGA